AUGCCUUUUUUUAGGCACACAGGCCGCCGAUUUGUUUGUUUUAACAAAAUUGGGUUUUUACCAACUGCCGCAGGAUGUCGGAGGUCCGCAUUCGCCCGCGCCAGGUUCUCAUCCUGAUCAUCGUCUUCCUCGUGGUGCUGAUGAUGGUACACCGAAACGGGAAGCGCACAUGCCAAGGCCCAGAAUACCUUCAGGCCAUGUUCGUCCAGGCGGACACGUUACCCACGAUUUACGCCGUAACGCCAACGUAUCCACGGCCCGCCCAAAAGGCAGAGCUAACCAGACUAUCUCACCUGUUUAUGCUGUUGCCGCACCUGCACUGGAUCAUUGUGGAGGAUACGAACGCCACCACCUCGCUGGUCAGAAACCUUUUGGAUAGAGCCGGCUUGGAGAAGCGUUCCACGUUGCUAAACAUCAAGACUCCAUCCGAGUUCAAGCUGAAGGGCAAGGACCCCAACUGGAUUAAGCCACGCGGCGUGGAGCAGAGAAAUCUGGCUUUGGCCUGGUUAAGAAGCCAUGUCGACGACGAUCGGCAUUCCAUAGUAUUCUUCAUGGACGAUGACAACUCCUAUUCCACGGAACUGUUCGCCGAGAUGAGCAAAAUCGAAAGGGGUCGCGUGGGCGUCUGGCCGGUGGGUUUGGUAGGCGGUCUGAUGGUGGAGAGACCCCUGCUAACUGAGGACGGCACCAAGGUUACCGGAUUCAAUGCCGCUUGGCGACCGGAAAGACCAUUCCCCAUCGACAUGGCCGCCUUCGCCAUUAGCAUGGAUCUCUUCAUCCGGAAUGCGCAGGCCACGUUCUCGUACGAGGUGCAGAGAGGAUAUCAGGAGAGCGAGAUUCUAAGGCAUCUGACCACCAGGGAUCAGCUUCAGCCACUGGCCAACAAGUGCACGGAUGUGCUCGUCUGGCACACGCGCACUGAGAAGACCAAACUAGCCGCCGAGGAGGCGCUAUUGAAGAAGGGUCAGCGGUCCGAUGGCGGCAUGGAGGUCUAACGCACGGGGCCCUAUUGUAUAUGUAGCAAACUAUCAUCCUAGUGAAUUUACUUACUGUGUUCCGUCUCCCUAAACUUUAACUGUUUCCUCAUAGUCUAGCCCCAAUUUAUUUAACAUUUUUUACCUCAUUUUAUUCUUCAUAUUCUAUAAAAAUAUGGUGUAGGCAAA